CCCCGCCCUCUGCACCUGCACGGGCACCACGGUGGAUUGUCACGGCACGGGGCUGCAGGCCAUCCCCAAGAACAUCCCACGGAACACCGAGCGCCUGGAACUCAAUGGCAACAACAUCACCCGGAUCCAUAAGAACGACUUUGCAGGGCUCAAGCAGCUGCGGGUGCUGCAGCUGAUGGAGAACCAGAUUGGAGUGGUGGAACGGGGGGCUUUGGACGACAUGAAGGAGCUGGAGCGGCUACGACUGAACCGGAACCAGCUGCACACGUUACCAGAACUGCUGUUCCAGCAUAACCAGGCUCUGUCCAGGCUGGACCUGAGUGAGAACGCCAUCCAGGCUAUCCCCAGGAAGGCUUUCCGCGGAGCCACAGACCUCAAAAACUUACAGCUGGACAAGAACCAGAUCAGCUGCAUCGAGGAAGGCGCCUUCCGGGCUCUUCGGGGGCUGGAGGUGCUGACCCUGAACAACAACAACAUCACCACCAUCCCCGUGUCCAGCUUCAACCACAUGCCCAAGCUGCGGACCUUCCGCCUGCACUCCAACCACCUGUUCUGCGACUGCCACCUGGCCUGGCUCUCGCAAUGGCUGAGGCAGCGGCCAACCAUCGGGCUCUUCACCCAGUGCUCAGGCCCCGCCGGCCUGCGUGGCCUCAACGUGGCCGAGGUCCAGAAGAGCGAGUUCAGCUGCUCAGGCCAGGGGGAGGCAGGGCACGUGCCCUCUUGCACCCUCUCCUCCGGCUCCUGCCCGGCCAUGUGCUCCUGCAGCAACGGCAUUGUGGACUGCCGUGGCAAAGGCCUCACCGCCAUCCCUGCCAACCUGCCCGAGACCAUGACGGAGAUCCGCCUGGAGCUCAACGGAAUCAAGUCCAUUCCCCCGGGAGCCUUCUCUCCCUACAGAAAGCUGCGGAGGAUAGACCUGAGCAACAACCAGAUCGCAGAGAUCGCACCUGAUGCCUUCCAGGGCCUCCGCUCCCUGAACUCACUGGUCCUCUAUGGGAACAAGAUCACAGACCUCCCCCGGGGUGUGUUUGGCGGCCUGUACAACCUGCAGCUCCUGCUCCUGAACGCCAACAAGAUCAACUGCAUCCGGCCGGACGCCUUCCAGGACCUGCAGAACCUCUCGCUUCUCUCCCUGUACGACAACAAGAUCCAGAGCCUCGCCAAGGGCACCUUCACCUCCCUGCGGGCCAUCCAGACCCUGCAUCUGGCCCAGAACCCUUUCAUCUGUGACUGUAACCUCAAGUGGCUGGGGGACUUCCUGCGCACCAACCCCAUCGAGACGAGCGGGGCCCGCUGCGCCAGCCCCGGGCGCCUGGCCAACAAGCGCAUCGGGCAGAUCAAGAGCAAGAAGUUCCGGUGCUCAGCCAAAGAGCAGUACUUCAUUCCAGGCACGGAGGAUUAUCAGCUGAACAGCGAGUGCAACAGCGACGUGGUCUGUCCCCACAAGUGCCGCUGUGAGGCCGGCGUGGCGGAGUGCUCCAGCCUGAGGCUCACCAAGAUCCCCGAGCGCAUCCCCCAGUCCACCGCCGAGCUGCGAUUAAACAACAAUGAGAUCUCCAUCCUGGAGGCCACUGGCAUGUUUAAAAAACUCACCCAUCUGAAGAAAAUCAAUCUGAGCAACAACAAGGUGUCAGAAAUCGAAGACGGGGCCUUCGAGGGCGCUGCCUCUGUGAGCGAGCUGCACCUGACCGCCAACCAGCUGGAGUCCAUCCGCAGUGGCAUGUUCCGCGGCCUGGACGGCCUGAGGACCCUGAUGCUGAGGAACAAUCGUAUCAGCUGCAUCCACAACGACAGCUUCACGGGCCUGCGCAACGUCCGCCUCCUCUCGCUUUACGACAACCAGAUCGCCACCAUCUCCCCCGGAGCCUUCGACACCCUGCAGGCCCUCUCCACGCUAAACCUCCUGGCCAAUCCUUUCAACUGCAACUGCCAGCUGGCCUGGCUGGGCGACUGGCUGCGGAAGAGGAAGAUCGUGACCGGGAACCCGAGGUGCCAGAACCCAGACUUCCUGCGGCAGAUUCCCCUGCAGGACGUGGCCUUCCCGGACUUCAGGUGUGAGGAAGGCCAGGAGGAGGGGAGCUGCCUGCCCCGCCCACAGUGCCCCCAGGAAUGCGCCUGCCUGGACACCGUGGUCAGAUGCAGCAACAAGCACCUCCAGGGCCUGCCCAAGGGCAUCCCCAAGAACGUCACAGAACUCUACUUGGACGGGAACCAGUUCACGCUGGUUCCGGGACAGCUGUCCACCUACAAGUACCUGCAGCUUGUGGACCUAAGUAACAACAAGAUCAGCUCCUUAAGCAACUCCUCCUUCACCAACAUGAGCCAGCUGACCACUCUGAUCCUCAGCUACAACGCCCUCCAGUGCAUCCCUCCGCUGGCCUUCCAGGGGCUGCGCUCCCUGCGUCUGCUGUCCCUGCAUGGCAACGACAUCUCCACCCUCCCAGAGGGCAUCUUCGCAGACGUGACCGCCCUGUCCCACCUGGCCAUUGGUGCCAACCCCCUGCACUGUGACUGCCACCUCCGCUGGCUGUCCAGCUGGGUGAAGACAGGCUACAAGGAACCAGGCAUUGCCCGCUGCGCUGGGCCCCCAGACAUGGAGGGCAAGCUGCUCCUCACCACUCCUGCCAAGAAGUUUGAAUGCCAAGGUCCCCCCACUCUGGCUGUCCAGGCCAAGUGUGACCCCUGCUUGUCUAGCCCGUGCCAGAACCAGGGCAGCUGCCAUAACGACCCCCUUCAAGGGUACAGGUGUGCCUGCUCCAGCGGCUAUAAGGGCCGAGUCUGUGAGGUGCCCCUGGACAGCUGUGCCAGUGGCCCCUGUGAGAACGGCGGGACCUGCCACGAACAGGAGGGCGAGGAUGCUGGCUUCACGUGCUCCUGUCCGGCUGGCUUUGAAGGACCGACCUGUGGGGUGAACACAGACGACUGUGUGGAGCACGCAUGUGCCAAUGGAGGCAUCUGUGUGGACGGCAUGGGCAACUACACUUGCCAGUGCCCCCUGCAGUAUGCGGGAAGGGCCUGUGAGCAGCUGGUGGACUUCUGCUCCCCGGACUUGAACCCGUGUCAGCACGAGGCCCAGUGUGUGGGCACCCCGGAUGGGCCCAGGUGUGAGUGUGCACCUGGUUAUUCGGGCAACAACUGCAGCGAGAACCAGGACGACUGCAGGGACCACCGCUGCCAGAACGGGGCCCAGUGCAUUGACGACGUGAACAGCUACUCCUGCCUCUGUGCCAAGGGCUACAGUGGACAGCUCUGUGAGACCCCUCCCCGCCCAGCUGCCCCCAGGAGCCCCUGCGAGGGGACUGAGUGCCAGAACGGGGCCCACUGUGUGGACCAGGGCAGCCGGCCCGUGUGCCAGUGCCUCCCGGGCUUCGGCGGCCCCGAGUGUGAGAAGUUGCUCAGUGUCAACUUCGUGGACCGGGACACGUACCUGCAGUUCACGGACCUGCAGAACUGGCCGCGGGCCAACAUCACCCUGCAGGUCUCCACGGCAGAGGACAACGGGAUCCUGCUGUACAACGGGGACAAUGACCACAUCGCCGUGGAGCUGUACCAGGGCCAUGUGCGUGUCAGCUACGACCCUGGCAGCUACCCCAGCUCUGCCAUCUACAGUGCGGAGACGAUCAACGACGGGCAGUUCCACACUGUGGAGCUGGUCACCUUCGACCAGAUGGUGAAUCUCUCCAUCGAUGGCGGCAGUCCCAUGACCAUGGACAACUUCGGCAAGCACUACACACUGAACAGCGAGGCCCCCCUCUACGUGGGAGGGAUGCCGGUGGACGUGAACUCGGCCGCCUUCCGCCUGUGGCAGAUCCUCAAUGGCACCAGCUUCCACGGGUGCAUCCGAAACCUGUACAUCAACAAUGAACUGCAGGAUUUCACCAAGACACGGAUGAAGCCGGGCGUGGUGCCGGGCUGCGAGCCCUGCCGGAAGCUCUUCUGCUUGCAUGGCAUCUGCCAGCCCAACGCCACCCCCGGGCCUGUGUGCCAUUGCGAGGCCGGCUGGGGGGGCCUGCACUGCGACCAGCCAGCUGACGGCCCCUGUCAUGGCCACAAGUGUGUCCACGGGAAGUGCGUGCCCCUCGAUGCCCUUUCCUACAGCUGCCAGUGCCAAGAGGGGUACUCGGGGGCCCUGUGCAACCAGGCCGGGGCCCCCGCAGAGCCGUGUGGGGGCCUGCAGUGCCUGCACGGCCACUGCCAGGCCUCGGCCACCAAGGGGGCGCACUGUGUGUGUGACCCUGGCUUUUCAGGCGAGCUUUGUGAGCAAGAGUCCGAGUGCCGGGGGGACCCUGUCCGGGACUUUCACCAGGUCCAGAGGGGCUAUGCCAUCUGCCAGACCACGCGCCCGCUGUCGUGGGUGGAGUGCCGGGGCUCCUGCCCGGGCCGGGGCUGCUGCCAGGGCCUGCGGCUGAAGCGGAGGAAGUUCACCUUCGAGUGCAGCGACGGGACCUCCUUCGCUGAGGAGGUGGAGAAGCCCACCAAGUGUGGCUGUGCCCUCUGUGCAUAGCGCCCAGUGCCCACGGGGAGGGGGCUGGCGAGAAGCCUGGCCACCAGGAGACCUGGGCUGGGGUCGGGCCAUUGCCGGGCGGCUCCUGGAUGGCUGGACCCUCUUGGGCAGGCUGGGGCCCACCUCUCAGGGGCCAGGCAGCUUUUCUCAAGCCGAACUCGAGCAGCUGGGGGCCGAGCGGGUGGGCGAGGCCUGGCUGCAGACCGCCCUCCCGGAAGUGCCUUGCACAAAGAGGCGCUUAAUAAAUACUGUUGAAUGAAUAUGUGCGUGAGGUCAGGCCAAGAAGUGCAGAAUGGUGACACUCCCUCCUUGCCCUUUGUGACCUGGCUCUGAAGAAGGGACUGCCCCUUCCCAAACCAGCCUGUCCCUCGUGUCUGCAGCCCAUGCUGGCCCCAGAACCCCUUGCCCCUGCAGAGAACCCUGAAGGACUCCCGGCCUGGCUCUGCUGCUUGUCGGCGGGCAGGAGGCCAGGCUGCGGAGGGGAAGGGCCCCUCCUGCUGGCCAGGAAGGGACUGCCCCUUGCCCCUGGGCUGGUUGGCAGGCAGAGCACCUCAGGAACGAGGCCUGGGGUGGAAGCCGGUCUUGGGAUCAGACCUCUGAAUCCUAAAGUUAUGUGAUGAUCAUUGUAGCUUCGAGGAGGGUACUCAUGUGGAGGAAACGGUCACUGGAACUUCCUGGGGUGGGGACCCCACCGAAAAGGACAGGGCGUUCUUGGUUUCAGCAGAGUAGACACUGCCACCCACCUUCAGACACUAGCCACCCAAGGGCCCUGGUCCUGGGCUUCCCCAGCCAUCAGCCUGCUGCUGGCGAGUCACUGGGGGGGGUGGGGGGCAGGGUGUAGGGGCUUGGGCUAGGCUGCUUGGCCAGGGAGGGUCUCCUCCUGAGGAGACGGGGUCCAGAGCCCCUCACGCUGCAGACCAGGUGGGAACAGCGGCCCAGGCAUCAGGAACUGCUGGCUCUGUCGCUCUGGCAAAUUUCUCCCCCAUGGGCCUCAGUCUCCUCCCUCUCAGAUGGAGAGGUAGGACAGACGACUCAAGCAACGGAGGCCCGCCCACUGUGGCUCCAGGAGGGAGGCCCCAGGAGUUAGAAGAUCCAUUUUCAUCAAUUACAUCGAGUAUUUGUGUGCCUGACCGGGGCUGGGUACCGGGGCUGGGUUCUGCCCUCGUGGACACCUGCCGACUGAUCACCGAGUACCACAGCGGUGACCAGGGUGCCGGGGAGAGAGGGAGCCCAGCGAGGGCGCCAACCGCAGACACGGCCCGGCCGGAGCUGUGCGCCAGAGGCUUCCGCAAGGAAGGACUCCUCUUCGCAGUCACUGAAUAAGGGACUGACUGCGGAUGCUUCUCUUCCCCGCAGAACGACAGCGUAGAGAUGAUCUUUGAGCCUAAAUAGGCAGUUGGCUGGAAGGAAGACAGGCCACUCUCUGGUCCAGAGGUCUCCCCAGGACAGUGUACCCCUGGGGAAUCCAGUGGGCAAGGAGGGGGCACACCCUUUUCCUGGCUCCUUCUAUCUGCAGACAGAAGGCAGGGGUGGGGCAGUGUGGGCAGAGUUGGGGUGGCGUGUGCCUGGCACUGCACACACACAUGGUGUCCUCCACCACCAUGGUAGCUGGGGGAGUUUGAGUCUGGGGACCCCUGUAAUGGGCAGAGGACCCUCCCAAGUGGGGAGGAGCCAGCAUGGCUGGGUCUGCGCCUCACCUGGCCUGGGCUCUAUAUUCCUGUAGCUCUGAGCAAGGCCACCGUGCCCUGCCCGCUGUGGACAGCAGCGUGGGCCUCGCUGCAGAGCAACCCUCUUACCUGGAGUUUCUGGGCGGCCACUGGGGGAAUCUGAAGAGCUAGCACCAGGCUGGGUGGCAGGAAAGUUCCAGUGCAGCUGGUUUGUUCCUUCCAGGGAACAGAGGUGUUCCCCCACCCCCGGCCCUUCCCCUGCCACCGCCAUUCCUUCCUGCCUUGGAGAAGCAGCUUCCUCGGCUCGAGGGGCCCUGACUGCAGGGGCCUCUCUACUUGGCAGGAAGUAGAAAGGACACCUGCAGACAGGUGAUGGCGACCGCCCUGCAGGCCCAGCGCCGUGGGGUGUGGAGGGCAGAGGGUGAGCUUGCUGCUAGCCCCGCUGACCCCUCCUCAAUGCCCAGCCCAGCCCCACACUCACCCUUGGUGGAGCUGGAAGAUUGGGAGCCACCACAAGGGUGAGGCAGCCAGGAGCUAAGAGAGCCCUGCACCCACCCCAGGACCAAGUUUCCUCAGCUUAGCCACCCACCUGCUGGUCGGGAAGGCCCUGGGUCGCCACGCAUCUUGCCUGCUACCAUCGAGUCCCAGGCGGCUACCCCGAAAUCAUCUGUCUGAGAAGUCAUCUCCACACCUCCCCUUUGGUGAAGACCUUCAGUUCACAUCGAUGUCGCCAUUGCUGUUUCCACUCAACACGCACUGCUGAAGAGACGCAGCAGGGGAGUCCCGAGCCUCCCCGAGUCUGAGGUGGAGAAGGCCGGACUCGUCUCUCAUUGCCUGCUGUUAGCCUAACCACGAAAGUAUCUCUUUAUACAGAAUACUUAACAGAUUCUAAUAUAUAUUUGUAUUUCAUUUUGUUAUAGUAUUUUUAUAUGUUAAAGUCAACAUCCAGUGUCUCGUUUGAUUUGCAGAUGUCUGUGGCUGUGACGUUCGGUUUGGGGGUUUCCGUAGGCUCGUUUGGGUCGCUGUUCUAGAGAGACUGGUUUAGAGCAGGCCCACGAGGAAUCCACGCCUGCCCUUUGCCUAGAAGUGCUGUCUUAGAACAUGUUGGAUAUUGUCUGUUGUCUUCCACGUGAACAUGACAUUGAUUCACUCAG